UCUCAGGAUAAGCCCAAAGGCAGGGCGAACGCGCGCGCAUAUAAAAUUGGAAAAACUCUGAAGAUUCGUUAGUUAUCGAAAUGAUGCGCGUCAGCUUUAUUCUCGUUGCCGUUCUUUCGGCACGCGCUUUCGGGGAUGGAGAAUUUCUCCGGCCGCUGCAUGGGAUGAAAGGAUUGAGCAUCAGGUGCGAUACCGAAGAGAAAUUAGCACUCGUUCACUCUUACGAGAAUCAUUCGGACUUCGAUUUUUUGAGUGCCACCAAUGUUCUCGGUGACGAAAUCAAAGUCCUCGUUGCCGGAAAUUCUUUCGACGAAUUUAAAACUGUACUGGAUCAGCAUCAAAUCAGUUACAGCGUUUUUGUUGAAAAUGUAACGGAAGAAAUUCAUGAAGAAUUUUCUCGAAAUGAAAUCGCGAGGCACAUGGCUCUGUUCACGAGGGAACACAAAUCUUCACGCUUCUUUUCUUAUUAUCCUCGAUUCGCUGAGAUCGAAAGGUACUUGAAAGAUCUGGCCAGAGAAUACAGCAGCAUUACGACCCUAGAAAAAAUUGGUUCUUCGUACGAGGGAAAUGCCAUUUGGGCUCUGAAAAUUUCGAGCGGCGGAGGAGGCAAUAAGCCGGCGAUCUUGAUUGACGCUGGCAUUCACGCCCGUGAAUGGAUCGCUCCUACUACAGCGUUGUACGCGAUUCAUCAGCUGGUUCUGAACAAAACGAACAGCGCAUUGUACGAAGACAUCGAUUGGUUCAUUAUUCCGAGUCUCAAUCCCGAUGGCUACGAAUAUUGUCACACGACGUACCGGAUGUGGCGCAAAACGCGUUCUCCAAAUCCUGGUUCCUCGUGUUGGGGAACAGAUGCAAACCGGAAUUUCGGAUACAAAUGGAUGACUACUGGAGCUUCGUCCAAUCCUUGCACUGAAAUUUAUGCGGGUAUGAAAGCAUUUUCGGAGAACGAAACUAUCAGCCUGCGAGAGUACGUUUUGGCCAACAAAAAAACCAUCAAGGCUUACCUCACUCUCCACUCUUACGGUCAGUACAUGCUGCAUCCGUGGGGAUUCACCAACGAAUUGCCGGAGAACGAACCGGAACUCCGCGCCGUGGCUUACGCCGCUGAAAAAGCUCUUUCAUUGGUCCGAGGAACUCGUUACACCAUUGGAAGUUCGACCAACGUAUUGUAUGCCGCAGCUGGAGGUAGCGACGACUGGGUGAUGGCGGUUGGCGGUGUACCGUUGAGCUACACAGUCGAAUUACCGCGCGGAGGUAACUUAGGAUUCAACCCUCCACAGAGUUCGAUCGAGCCUGUCGGUAUGGAGACGUUCGAGGCUUUCAAGGUUUUCGGAAAAUACGUGGCCACCAAGUACGGGAAGCAAAAUCUUUGAAGAAAAAAUCGACUGUGAUGGAAAAACAUUGAAAAAAAGUAUUAAAAAUUUUCUCGCUGAAUCACGGCAGAUGAGAAAAAAUAAAAAAAUCUUUUUUAAAUCUAUCGAAUGGUGGUUUAACAAAAGAUAAUUUUCUCAGUAUUGAAGAAAAUCGAAAGAAAUCUGUGACGAAAAAGGACGAAUAAAUAUUUCUUAAAUAUUUA